ACGGUAUUGUGGUAGCUAUAUGAUACCUACACUCUCAAUCUCUGAAUUCUACAAUUUGUAUUGCUACAUUCAUUGAAUAAUAUGAAUUCUAUGAAGUUAUCCGCACAGGAGCCUAAUUAUUGGGACGAAAUCUAGAUUAUGGUAGUUAUUCUGAGUAUAACCUUCCUAUACCUUUAAUCUGAUUGGUUCUUCCAAGUGACGACUACUCAUUCACCGAUUUAUUUCUCAGAAACCAAUUUCAAUAUAUAUACCUUCAGUCGACGUAUUCCACUGUGAUAUUUGUAUCACAUGGAGCUCUACUGCAAUCGUUUGCAGCAUAAACCAGACGAUGAGACUUAAAGUCAAGUCAAAACUCGUUCUGGUACUCUCUAUCACCACUGUUGGUGAAUAAUUUUUAUAUUUUUAUGUCUAAUGCUAUGAAAGAUGCAUUCUAACACUCUAUACAACUCCACUCGCUUACGAGAGUUUCAAAUGAGGUUAACAGCAGUCGUAACUCUCACUUCACUUAUUUUAUAACAUCACUUUUAUACAAGCUCACAGUAUAUCUCUCCAUAGCCCAAAGUUAAAAAACCCAUUAAACUCACACUUGUAGCAUGAGUUGUAGUUUCAUCUUUUGACUUUUAAUUUUCAAAUUAAAAGAAUCUAAAGGAAUCACGAACUACAUAAUCUCACACUCUCACAUCAUCGCGCCAGGUGUGGGUGCGGCGAAAGGCGUUUUCUAAAUGGAGAAGAACAUCCGAUUUCACAGACAUACCUUCAAAGGUGCUCUGUUUACAGUUAACACUAGUCAAAAUCUAUAAUCUCACAACCCAAAGCUCAAACUUAAAACACCACCGACAACCCUUCGAAGACACAAUUUGAAAUUUCAACUACUAUGAACUCCAAAGACUCGGUUUAUUAAAACCUUUAAUUAUAAUUCGAAAAAGUUUAUCUCAUAAAACACAACAUACACUUUUAGCGUAUAGAAACCUAUCCCAAACUACUGAAUCGAUCUCUUGCGAACAGGAGAAACAUAUCAUGUGAUGCUUUCAAUCUAAAAAUUUCUUAAUAAUACUUUAAUUUUAACAUCUUUCAAUCAUUUGCAUUCUAUUAGUAAUUGAUAAAUAUAAUUUUAGCAUCUGUCUAAACACAUGUCUUACCAGCUUUUGAUUGAUAUUAAGUCAUUCACACUCACACCCACACCCACACCCAUACUUAGGAUUUUUCUAUGAAUUCUCAAGCACUAUUGCCAUCUGAUGAGAUUCUUGAGCAAGAUCGAAAUGCAUGUAUCAUGGCAGCUUGUCACACCUACACCCACAUCCACACCCACAUCUACACCCAACACCCACAUCCAACGGUGUUGUGGUAGCUAUACACAGCCACAUCCACACUUACACCCCCCAUACUCACUAUGUAUGUAGUAAAACGAAACUGGAACGAUGAAGACAAUUAUUGUUACACAGUGUUUUUUCUUUUCUUCAACUUUCUUCCGAAUGCGUUGAGUGUGUUCUUUCUCUUGAUUUCUUUGACUACUAUGUAAAAAACGCUCGAAGACGAAGGCUUAUCUCAACUAUAUAAACAGAUGCUUCUGAAUGUUAAUAUACCAUUUACUGAAAAAGUAAAAAUCUUACAACACAAAAAUGUUUCUCCUGCAUGCUGUUUUCAUUUUCACAUUCGUGAUUGGACCAGUCUCGACUGUAGACUAUGCAUCUGAUCCAGCUGGGCAGUAUUCAUGCACUUGCAACAGUGUUUCAAGUAGUGUGUGCAUGUCAUGGACCUGUCCAUAUUAUCCAGUUACAUAUAAAUGUUUCUCCGGAUCAAGCGAAGUAACCAUUCCUGGUGGCAGCAAGAAAACCCUUGCGAACGUUCGAGUCGGUGAUCAUGUUCUUGUUGGUGAUGGAACCUAUGAACCAGUGCUCGACUUCAUUCAUUUGCAACGAGACAGUCAAGUCGAAUAUUUACGUGUUUCUACCCGAAACAUCUCAAGACCUCUUUAUAUUUCAGCUGAUCAUCUUAUCUUCCUCUUUGAUAAAGAUGAUGAUGCUGUUUUCGCUGCUGAUCUUCGUGUUGGUGAUCGUCUGAACACAAUCAUGAGCAAUGGCGAGAUCGCACCCGACGACAUUGUAGAUAUUCAAUUAGAAACAUCAAUUGGUCUCUACGCUCCACUUACGCCUUCUGGUACAAUCGUCAUCGAUGGAAUCAUUGUUUCGAACUAUGCUGGCGUAAGAAAUCAUCGUCUUGCACAUCAGAUGAUGGGAAUGUAUCGUUGGUGGAUUCGUAUAUUUGGGCCAGCAGGAAAAAGAGGCAAUGAAGAACAAGUAGAUGUUCAUUGGAUGCUGCAAGCAAUGGAGAAAUUUGCUCGCUUAUCAAUCGUCGAAAACUUAGCCAGAAACGAGUUCUUUGAAGAUAUGAUUCAUUCGACAGCACUACUUUGA